UAUACAGAUGUCUUCAUUCUUUGCUUCCAGUGUCUCUUUGGAUUUUUUUGAUAGCGUCAGUGACUUUUCAACCAGAGAUGUGUUAUUAGGAAUUAUGCGAAAGAAACACAUGAGAUCUCAGGAAGUAAAGAGCAUACAAAAUGUUAAUAUGAAUGUGAUCCUUGCUUGCGAAAAAAACACAUUAAAACGUAAAGUCCUAUUCUGUUGGAUACUAGCUCAUUCUUAUGGCGAAGUUCUUAGGUGGUUUAUUUUAGCUCAGGCGAUUGCUCAGCUUCGUCUUCUAACUCUAAAGGUGUUCCUUUUCUUAUAUUUGGGCUUUGAUCGGUGGUGUUCUGGUGCUCAACAACGGCAUCAAUGUUCUUGCAACUAUUAUUGUAAUUGA